AUGAGCUAUGCUGUUCUGGAGGAAUGGAAGUCAAUGGUGAAGCAAGAGCUGGAGGUGAAGGACGUGGAGGCAAUAUCACCAUGUGGCGCAGCCGUUAGCCAGCAAGGCAUCCUCCAUCACCAUGCCAACCUUAGUCCCUACAACACCGCCCUUCUCGUCACAUUCCUGGACACACUACACGGCUUCCUCAUUCUAGCCCAGCAGAGGGGUGGACCAGAGCGGCCCAGGUAUGUUGUCGUCUGGGACGACGUGAGUUUCCACCGGGCUCCUCUGGUCCGCGACUGGUUCGUCGACCACCCAGAAUAUCUGCGAAAGACCUUUGAGCAGGAGCCUCUGGGUCGAGAGGUGAGAUUGGAGCAGGAGGUGUUGCUGCAGUGUCGACCUCCCGAGGGCAUGCCCCCUGCUGAGGUGGACUGGUUGAAGAAUGAGGACACCAUAGAUCUGUCUCAGGACUCUAACUUCCUGAUGACCGUAGAAAAUGACCUCAUUAUUAAACAGGCCCGUCUCUCUGACACGGCCAACUACACCUGUGUGGCACGCAACCAGGUAGCCAAGAGACGCAGUAGUACCGCCACGCUUCUCGUCUACGUGAGUGGGGGCUGGUCUUCGUGGACUGAGUGGUCGGAGUGUAACGCCCAGUGUGGGCGGGGCUGGCAGCGACGGACACGCAGCUGCACCAAUCCUGCGCCUCUAAACGGGGGAGCCUUCUGCGAGGGCUCGGCUUUCCAGAGGGUCACAUGCACCACUCUGUGUCCAGUGGACGGAGGCUGGACGGACUGGGCCAAGUGGUCAGCGUGUGGGACAGAAUGUACCCAUUGGAGGAGCAGGGAGUGUCAGGCCCCCCCUCCCCGGAAUGGAGGACAGCACUGUAGUGGGAGUAUGAUGGAGAGCAAGAACUGCACCGAUGGACUCUGUACACGCAAUAAAAAGGCUUCUAUUGAACACACCAGUUAUCCAAUGGACCCUGGUAUGGGUGUAACGGUGUAUGCUGGCCUGGUGGGGGCGCUGUUACUGUGUGUGGUACUGGUGCUGUGUGUGGGGGUGUUGGCAUACCGACGCAACUGUCACCAUCUCCACGGCGAUAUCACUGACUCCUCCUCCGCCCUCACCACAGCCUUCCAGCCCGGCAACUAUAAACCACCCAGACAUGACAACCCUCACCUCCUCCAACCCUCUGCGCCCCCAGACCUGACAGCCACAGCGGGUACCUUCAGGGAUCCUCUCUUCUCCCUGCAGCAGGGUGCCAACGAUGGUCACCACAAGAUCCCCAUGACAACCUCUCCCCUGCUGGACCCCCUGCCCAGCCUCAAGAUCAAAAUGUACAACUCAUCUAACCUGUCAUCCCUGGAGUUACCAGCAGAGGGCCACAGCGACCCUGAGAUCCUCAGCUUGAAACAAGUUGGCAUGGGGGUCACCAUGGUACGGGUCAGAGACGUGCACCAUACACUGUCCAGAGAGCCUGGUCACAGCACCUCUGUUACCCUGGGCAACCUGGGGGGACGCCUUGCCAUCCCUAACACAGGUGUGAGUCUGUUGAUUCCACCAGGUACUAUUCCUCAGGGGAAGUUCUAUGAGAUCUACCUCACCAUCAACAAGUGGGAGAAAACCACGUUACCUUCGGAGGGCAGUCAGACAGUGCUGAGCCCGGUGGUGAGCUGUGGUCCAUCAGGCAUGCUGCUGUGUCGACCUGUGGUCCUCACUCUGCCACACUGUGCCCAGCUAGAUACCCCAACACCAGACUGGACCCUCACCCUCAAGACACAGACACACCAAGGGGCAUGGGAGGAGGUGCUGACAGUGGGAGAGGAGAGUCUAUCGUCCCCCUGCUACCUCCAGCUAGAGGAGUCGAACUGCCACGUGGUGAUGGAACAGUUGGGGACCUACAGUCUAGUGGGCCAGUCCUGCCCUCCCCAGCCCGCCUGUAAGAGGCUACAGCUGGCCCUGUUCGCCCCCAGAGCCCCCUGUCUCUCCCUGGACUACAUCCUGAGGAUUUACUGCACGCAGGACACGCCACACGCCCUGAGGGAGGUGUUGGAGUUGGAGAGGAGUCUAGGGGGGGUGUUGCUGGAGAACCCUAAACCCCUGUUGUUUAAAGAUAGCUACCACAACUUGCGUCUGUCCAUCCAUGACAUCCCUCACUCACAAUGGAGAAGCAAACUACUGGCCAAGUACCAGGAGAUUCCAUUCUACCACAUCUGGAGUGGUGGUCAGAGACUCCUCCACUGUACCUUCAGCCUAGAGAGAGGCAGCCUGGCCGUGUCUCAGCUCUCCUGUAAGAUCUGUGUCAGACAGGUGGAAGGAGAGGGACAGAUCUUUCAGCUGCACACUGACAUACAGGAGACCCUCUCGCCCUGCUCCUCCCUCCCCUCGGGGGGCACCUCCCUGCCCUCCUCCCAGGUGGGGCACUAUGCCUUCCGUCUGCCCACCUCCAUACGACAGAAGAUCUGUGCCAGUCUGGAUGCCCCCAGUGCCCGCGGCUGUGACUGGAGACUACUGGCACACAGCCUGGGCUUCGACAGGUAUCUCAACUACUUUGCAACAAAGCCCAGCCCCACAGGAGUUCUGUUGGACCUAUGGGAGGCCAGUCACCAAGGCGAUGCGGACCUGGUGUCCCUAGCGACCGCUCUCGAGGAGAUGGGCAAAAGUGAGGUCCUGGUUGUCAUGGCGACAGACGGCGAUUGCUGA